UGCACUAGUGAUCCUGACUGUUCUCAGACACGUGCAAAAAAAUGUGAACCUAGUGACUCGUAAACAUACACCAGGACAAGUUAACAUGGUUUAGCUUACUCCUGUGUCGCGUUUGGUUAUUUACAGCUUGGAUAACACACUUAUACCAAGAUUCAAUAUUGUCUUCAUGCAUCUUUCUGAUACUGAAUGCAUAAAUUUCUGAAAAGAGAAUGCGAAGAAAACUUCAUUUGCGUCAUCCAUUAUGUUACCGAAGAAGCUACGUGGCUACUACGCUUUUAGUAAUUCUAAUGUUUGGUGCUAUUCUAGGAUUUUUCCAACUACAUAACCGAAGACUGGCUACUACGGAAGCAAUACUAUCUGACAAAAAGAAUUCAUUGAUUAUUAAAAAAGAAUUAUUACGCAAGUGUUUUAUGAGAAAUGACAGCAAUUCGGGUCUGAUCAAUUCCGUUUCUAAAGAAAGUGAAAAACAAUAUGUCUAUAGAAACGUUACUAAGUUUGGGUCUGAACUGAACUCAACAUCAUUUCCGGAAUUACAAGGUUUGAAGGCUUUUGAGUGGUGCUCUACAGAGUCGUCACGGUUUCCAUUCAAUAGCACACGGGCGGAGGACCUAAUGAGAUAUAACAUAUCCUUCCUACCAAGAGGUUACAAGAACCCCUGUUUCUAUGACGUGUGUUCGACAGUAGGGCCUGUUCCCGUACGUGCCUUGCGAUGCCUGCCAUACUUCCAGCUAAUAGGUGUUGACAAGAGUGGAUCAACCGACCUUUUCGCUAGGAUCACACAACAUCCACAGAUCCUACCUAACAGCGGAGUCCUAAAUAAGGAAACUUCCUGGUGGCCUUGGACACGUUAUGGACACGGACUUAAAAAGAUUGUGAGAAGAGAGUCGUUUGAUCAGUACCUUGGCUAUUUUGACAAUGCGGCAGGACAGAUUGAACGAAAUAUUCAGGUCAACCAAAAUGGGUCAAAUACGGACAGUGGUGAUUUUCACCUUCUCAUCACAGGGGACGGGACGCCUAUGGAUUUUUGGGACUUUUCUGGUUGGCCCCAGAUCCCGCAGAAUAGAAAUCAAACAAUGCCAAGCAUACUCACCCCUCACCUCAUCAAACACGUGAACCCAGGUGUCAAACUUAUCCUCGUUCUCAGGGAUCCAACAGAAAGGUUAUACUCCGACUACCUGUUUCUGAAGAGCGGAGUACAGACCCCAAGUGGCUUCCAUGCUGCUGUGCAUCAAUCACUUCGAUACUUCAACAAUUGCACUCAACAAAAAAGUGUUCGGAAGUGUUUGUUUGACCGCAAGCUUCACACCAAUGUUCGGGCACGGCUCCAUGUCAGUAUUUACAGUGUUUUCCUACGCGAGUGGCUGAAGGUUUUUCCUAGAAAGCAGAUACUCAUCAUGCGGUCGGAGGAUUACUCUCGCAAUAUGUCCUCAUAUCUCAAAAAUAUAUUUCGUUUUCUUGACGUCGUUGAUCUAGCAGAGAAAGAUAUAACAAUGAUUUCGAAAAGAGCACGACAAUACGAAACAGGAAAAAAGAAGAAAGUCGGACCUAUGUUUAAUAACACAAGAUAUCUACUAGACAAUUUCUUUCAACCGUUCAACGAGGAAUUGGUUAAAAUAUUGAAAGAUGACAGAUAUCUUUGGAAAGAUACUAAAGAUAAAAUAAAAAAAGAUUUAGAAAAAUUAGAAAUUAAAAGUUUAAGGAAUAAACAAAUACAAAUGAAUUCAGCGACCCAUAAAGCAAAAACCAGAACAAUUGUGCUAACUAAAGAACAAGCGUUGGAAUUAAAACCAUUUAUAGAUACAGGGAAAUUCAACUCUAAAUGGUUAUAAAUGACCUAGCUAGUGAUUCCAACACUUUGUGUAUUUGUCUACAGUGUGUUUUCUUCAUUUAUAUGUCAUCGCUAUGUAUUCCUAUCUACCUUAUAUAUUUUCCAUCUCAUAAUAGUUUCAUCACACACACAAACUAAAAGUUGACUACGAGGAAGCAGGUCCACCACAAGAAAAUGUCUGCUCUAUGAUAAUUGUAUGACAAUCCUCAAUGAGCAGGUUUUCUUCAUUUAUAUGUCAUCGCUAUGUAUUCCUAUCUACCUUAUAUAUUUUCCAUCUCAUAAUAGUUUCAUCACACACACAAACUAAAAGUUGACUACGAGGAAGCAGGUCCACCACAAGAAAAUGUCUGCUCUAUGAUAAUUGAAUGACAAUCCUCAAUGAGCAGGUUUUUUCCUCCUCAGUGGUGUAACCUCCUUACGCCAAUUUAUUCAUAAGCUUGACAAUUGUAUCGUUUGAUCCAUGUACAUUUUUCAAGUAAAAUGACAGGAAAGAGAAGUAUAUAAAAAAAAAUUUUUUACAGAUAUGUGUGUGUAUGCCGAAAUCAUGACAUUGGUACAGCUUAAGACCAAUAUAUCCUUAAACUAAUUAUUGCCUUUUUUUCUCCAAUCCCCGAUGUCGUCGUAGCAUGCUAAAUUCAGUUAAAGUAAGUACCUCCUACCAACACAUAUCCGGCAGCUAUCUACUUUUAACAUUGUCAAGGCGAUGCGGUUUCCUUUGAUGUAUCAUUAAAUUGAUGUGACCCAUUUAAUCUACUGUCCCACUUCAAACAUCAACCAGUGCACUCGCAUGCAUACACACAUGUGGAGAUAUCUGCUAAGUGACACUAGGCUAAUACAACAGUUACUGUUGUUACCGUCUGAUAAGGCAGCGCUCUUGCACAUUCCACUAAAAUCGAAUAAAAGACAUUAAGAUAGUUUACUUUAGCUAGGUAGGACAUAAUAAAAUAAAAUAUUUAUAUAUAAGUUCUUUUUUGAUGGCUCUCGUUUUGCUUGAAUAUGUGUAUUUGCUACACACCUGGGCUCAUCAUAACAUAUGAUUAACAGGAAAUAUUUGCAAGGUAAUAUUACUUUAGUUACAUGAAUUUGUGUUAUUACUCAUGCAUAAUGUUUAAACAUUGUCUGUCCAUUAUGUUGCGAUGUCUUCCUCCAAUAAACGGCAAUACAACUUAUUGCAAAAUUCUUUUUUAUGGCUUUCGUUUUGCUUGAAUAUGUGUAUUUGCUACACAACUGGGCUCAUCAUAACAUAUGAUUAAUAGGAAAUAUUUGCAAGGUAAUAUUACUUUAGUUAUAUGAAUUUGUGUUAUUGCUCGUGCAUAAUGUAUUA